CUGAAACUCGACGAAGUUUGUUCUACUGACACCAAAGACUGUGAAAAUAAAUUAAAAUUUAAAAAUGGGUUUAUCACAAGGACUGAGCUUAAUUUUCGCCAUUCUCCUCGUAUUUGCCAUCAUCAGUCCCUUCAUUAACGGCCAAGUAACGUUCAGCAGAGACUGGAAUGCCGGCAAACGUUCCAUAGAUGGAGUCACGAACGAAUGCUCGACCCUCUACCGUUCAGUAGUAUCAAUGUGUAACGCUAUUUUCAAAAACAUCCAAUCCAACCGCUUACAUGGAGCCAACGAAGACAUGGAGUCACCAACUGUCUUCGGAUCCCGCAUCUAAGCAAACAAUUUCUUCUCUGCUGCAUAAAAAAAAUCGUUGACAAAAGCAACAACUGGACUGGAAUCUCAACAAAUUCAAUUAAUGUUUUAAAAAAAUCUUCUUCUUUAAUUAUGAAGCUUCAUAAAUGUAAAGAAAUCUUCUAAUAAAUGUUCUUCUAAAUAUUUAU